GCAACAGGUUGCCUUUCAGUGAGAUUUUCAGUUUAGUCGACGAACGACAACGAUACGAACACGAAUCACUUUGUUUUGUAGUUGCCGCGUGAAAAUUACACCAAAAGAUUCUAAACGAAUAACAAAACAAAACUAGCGCGAAAUGGUAUCCGUGGAGACAGUUGGUUCUAUAUUCAUCAAGGCUCUCAAGCUGAUCAUCAACUUGGUGAUCAUCUUCUUGUACCGUUGGGGCGAUGGCGGCGAAUUCUUGGGCAUUGGCGGAACUUGGAAUUUGAAUGAGGAGAAGAGCGCCGAUGCGGAAAUUGUGGCCUCGGGCGUUAUGGUUGGAUUUUUGAUUUACACUGGAUGCCAUACCAUUGCCUUUGCCUUCGGUACCACCAAGCAUAAGGGUGAACUCUGCGACACCAUCAUGAACGUUGUUGGCUGCAUCAUGUGGAUCGCUGUGGGCGGAGUUGCUCUCCAUUACUGGAAGGGUUACAUGUCCGACGAGGGAUUCUUGUAUGUAAACUCGGAACGUCAAGUGGGCAUUGCCAUGGGAUCGCUGUGCGUCAUCGAGGGCGCACUGUACCUGCUGGAUACUGUCUUGGCCUGCAUACACUAUUCCAAGGGCGACACCGACUACACGCAGUAAAUGCUGUAAAGCCAACAUGGGGAAAACAAUCGCAAUCGUCUUUUAAAAUAACACACAUCUACAUUUCUGUCUUUAUACUUAGAUCGCUUUAAGUGCAAAUUAGUUUUUAUCCGCAAUCAAACUACGUUCGUAAGGGUCAUUUGUCGCUAUAUUAUUAACUAUUUUAUAUUUCCAAUAACGAUUCACGUUUCUAAUUUGGCAAAUACAAAUAGUUAAGACCA